UCUAGUUAUUAUUGUUAAUAAAAUGGCAUUAAAUUUUUGUAAAACAUUUUUUACGUUAAAAUCUAAUAUUUUUUACGUCAAUUGUUUAGUAAACAAUGUAAGAAAUUUCCAUUCUUUGCGACUCCCACUGAGGACAUUAAAUUUCAGGUAUCCUAAAGGAAAUAUUUCUAGCCCAAAAAGAUCAUUUACACUUUACCCAAGCAGAAGGCAAACUGCCAAAGAAGUGAAUCUUAAUGUUGCUAAUAAUGUUGUAUUAUUUAAACACGAAAACAGCCGAUACUUUAGAACAUUAUCACUACUAGCACUUGGUCAAUUUCUUUUAUUCUUUGGUGUCGGUUAUUCACUGCUACCGAUACUACCUGGUCGUAAAAAUAAUCAGCCAUUGUUAAAUUAUAUUAUGAAUGCAAAAUUACCAGUAGCAGUAGUAGUUACCCCAAUGUUGUGUGGACUUCUUGGGCCUUAUCUCAUGUGUACGUUUAUUGGAAGAUCAAUAAGAUAUAUUAUUUUAAAUAAAGGUGGUGAGAAAGUAACAGUUGUUACAUAUAAUGUAUUUAAAAAAUCACCUCAGUUUACUGUACCCAUUGAUAAGGUAUCUGUUAAUAAAAGUCGAACGGAGUUGAAUAAAUACAUGUCAAUAAAAUUUGAGGGCAAACCACUUUACUAUGUCAUUCAUAAAGAAGGGACAUUUGUGAACCCAGAACUCUUUGAUAGUUCAAUUGCUUUUAAAAAACGUGGUUCAUCAAAAUAAUUCUUUAUCAUUAUAAAAUUAUUAGUUUUUAUUUAUAUUAUGAAGAUAAAUAAAGAUUAUUAUUAGAAAUAAAAA